CUCCAUCACUUUCACAGUUGCAGCUCGCGGCCGCUGAGGGUGGGACUUUGGUCCUCGUGCUGUUGAUGAUGACAGAUGGUGAGUUUGCCUGUUUGGGCAGCAGACAGCGCGUUCCAGACCUGGACUCACAGGCAGCUGCUGCUCGAUCACUGGAAGCUGCUGCUGCAGCGUCUCCUCUCCUGAAGUAAAUCCGUGUCUCCAGCACUGGAGCAGAACAGAUAUCUCAACCGUGGGGCGUUUUCCCCACACACAUAGGAUUUACUCUCGUGUCGUUUAUUAUAUCCUGAAACACAAUCUGCAGCCGCGAUCCGCGCAGGAGCUGCGGGUCACAAGCAGGAGGUGCGUGUUCAAAGGUUGAAUCCUCAAGGUGUGGAAGUCAGAUGCAGAGUUGAAGCUUGAACCAGAUGUUUCUUGGGCCUGCCUUCUCUAAACACUGCUCACUACAGCGCCUACAGCAGCAGCAAACUAGCCGCAAAGGAGACUAAUGUUCAUCAAAUUCCACUUUGUAACCUUCUCCUAUACACUGCCUCUCCUCUAAGCUUCCUGUGAGCAGAGUGAGCAGGCAAAAUGGCACUCAGCUCUCAGCCUUGGCCUCCAUUAAUAUGGCUGUGCAUUGGAUUGCUUCUUUUCUUCCUGUCGCCCAUAAACGGCAAAGAAUGUCCUUGUUUGUGCGUAUGUGAGAUUCGCCCUUGGUUCACUCCCCAGUCUACAUACAAGGAGGCUAUUACAGUGGACUGCAAUGACUUGAGGCUCUCACACAUCCCUACCAACUUGUCAACAGAUACCCAGGUGUUACUACUUCAAAGUAAUGCCAUCUCACACACGGGUGGAGAGCUGGAGGCACUUUUCAACUUGACAGAGUUGGACCUCUCUCAGAACAACUUCAGUACAGUGGAAGCAGUGGGUCUUACAAGCAUGAACCACCUGACCACUCUGCACCUCGAGGAGAACCAGAUCAGUCAGCUUCCAGAUCAUUGCCUGGGAAACCUCUCUAAUCUCCAGGAGCUCUACAUCAACCACAACCAGAUAAAUUCCAUCUCUCCUCGGGCAUUUGCAGGUCUGCGCAGCUUACUGCGCCUUCAUCUCAACUCCAAUAGGCUCCAUGUCAUAGACAGCCGCUGGUUUGAAGAAACACCUAACCUUGAGAUCCUCAUGAUUGGAGAGAAUCCAGUCAUUGGGCUCCUGGACAUGAAUUUUAAGCCUCUAGGAAGCCUGAGGAGUCUGGUUCUGGCUGGCAUGGACCUCACUGAUGUGCCAGCAAACGCCUUUGUAGGUUUGGAUACACUGGAAAGCAUUUCUUUCUAUGACAACAAACUGGUCAGAAUCCCUCAGCUGGCACUUCAGAAAGUCCCUAAUCUGAAAUUCUUGGAUUUAAAUAAAAAUCCUGUUCACAAAAUUCAGGAAGGCGACUUCAGGAACAUGCUCCAUCUGAAGGAGUUGGGGAUCAACAAUAUGAUGGAGUUAGCGUCUAUUGACCGAUUUGCCCUUGACAACCUACCAGAACUGACAAAGCUGGAAGCCACAAACAACCCUAAACUGUCCUAUGUCCACAAAUUAGCCUUUAGAGACAUGCCCUCCCUGGAGAGCCUGAUGCUCAACAAUAACGCGCUAACUGCCCUUUACCAGCACACUGUGGAGGUGCUGCCUAAUCUGCGUGAGAUCAGUCUGCACAGCAACCCAUUGCGCUGUGAUUGUGUCAUUCAGUGGAUGAGUUCUAACAGGACCACAGUACGCUUCAUGGAGCCUCUAGCCAUGCUGUGUACCUCCCCAACAGAACUCAGAGGCCAACUGGUUCGAGAGCUUAGGCUGUUGUCCUCAGAGCAGUGUCUCCCCCUCAUAUCCCAUGACACGUUCCCCAGCCACUUGAACCUCGAUCUGGGCAUGAGUGUCAGUCUUGAUUGCAGGGCCAUGGGGGAGCCAGAACCAGAAAUAUACUGGGUGACUCCUCUAGGGACUAAACUCACUAUAGACACUGUGUCAGAGCGUUACCAUCUGAGCACUGAGGGGACCCUGAGGGUAAAUCAUGUGCAGGUAGAAGACUCUGGCCGAUACACAUGUGUGGCUCAGAACACAGAGGGCGCUGACACACGAGUUGCGACCAUCCGUGUAAAUGGCACCCUACUUGACAGUGCGCAGGUGAUGAAAAUCUUUGUCAAGCAGACUGAGUCCCACUCCAUCCUGGUGUCCUGGAAGGUCAACUCAAACGUUAUGUCCUCCAAUCUGAAGUGGGCCUCUGCCACCAUGAAGAUCGACAACCCACAUAUUACCUACACAGCUCGCGUUCCUGUAGAUGUCCAUGAGUACAACCUCACGCAUCUUCAGCCUGCUACUGAGUAUGAGAUAUGCCUCACAGUCUCCAACGUCCACCUGCAGACACACAAGUCAUGCGUUAAUGUCACAACAAGGAGCUCGGCAUUUGCCAUGGACUUGUCAGACCAGCACCCAAGCGCUGCUGUGCUCACCGUAAUGGCAACUGUGCUGGCCUUCAUCAGUCUGGCCACUGUCGCCAUCUACAUGGCCCGCAGAUGGAAGAGGAAAAACUACCACCACUCUCUGAAGAAGUACAUGCUGAAAACCUCCUCCAUCCCCCUGAAUGAACUUUACCCGCCCCUCAUCAACCUGUGGGAGGUUGACGGUGAGAAGGAGAAAGAUGGUAGCACAGAGGGGAAGCCCUCUCCUGUUGACACCACGCGAAGCUAUUACAUGUGGUGAAGUUCGAGUAAGGAGGCCUAGCUGCCUCUUCAGCAGCACAAAAAGACACACUUUUGCCAUUUUGGUGCAAAAGUUGAAUAAUGUUUCAAAAUGUUUUUGUAUUCACAGCUUUGCUAAUAAGAGGCAGAGUGAUCAAGGACAGGAUUUUUAUUAGUAUAGCGUAUCGCCUUUGUUUGAUCCUUUCUAUCUUUUCAUCAUCGUUCCAGACUCUCCAAGAUGGCAGCUGUAUUUAGCUUCCAUGUUGUCUUAGAUGCUAUGUUCUGUUCCUCCUCCAUGCAUUUUUAUUUUGACUCACUUUCUUUUGGGUUAAUAAUCCAGCAGCAUUAUUAUGAAGUAGAGAUCAGUGUUUCUUUCUCUGUUUUGUAAAACAGGUAAUCUGUUGUGCACUAAUAGAUAAUGGAGUUUGUAGAAACUUCAGUUAAAAGCUGACAGAGGGGUCUAGACUCGUUAUACUGUCUACUGAAUGUUAGCAAUUGUGCAGUAAUGUUGUAUCAACUAUACCUUUGAACGUUCUGAUUUAAAUUGCAAGAUACUAGUAUUUUUGUUGUUUUAUUUUUUAGUUUGCUGCUUAAUGUGAUGUUAAUGCUAGAAAUACAACUGUAAAAGUAUUUAGAAUUUUUUUAUUAGUGCGCACUA